AUGAAGAUAAUUAUAUAUUUUUGCAUUUGGGCAGCAGCAUGGGCUAUUCCAGUUCCUCAAAUCAAGCCAUUGGACAGACAUGCUGUUGACAAGUCUGCAAAUUUAAAUCUUCCAGAAAAAGUGAAAUUGCCAAUACAGGAUGAGUUAAAUGCCAAUGACACCACCAAAGAAAGUGGUGUCCUGCAUGAAAAUGAAAGAGGAAGGCAACAAUAUACCAAAGAUGGUUACAAAGAAGAAAGAAAUGGCUCUGAGUGGGCACAAAUAGGAGGGAAAACUUCCACACAUUCCUUGUUAGUAAAUGAGGAGGGGAAUAGUGAGGGUCAAAAUGGGGUCACAGGAAAGCCAGAAACAUAUGGUUAUGAUGGGAUAGAUGGAAAAGAAGGUAACAUCACAGCAAAUGGUAUCAGGGGACAAGUAAGCAUCACCAACAAUGCUGGAAUAGCAAAUGGGAGCAAUAUUAAUAGAAAUACUGAUAAGAAUUCAAAUAAGGGAGGAAAUGUUGGAGAUGCAAGUCAGAGUGAGGAUGCCACUGUUGUCCAAGAUGGCCAUCAAAUAGCUGGAAGCAAUAACAGUACAGGCCAUGAGGAUGAAAUAAAUAGGAAUUAUUGUAGAAAUGAAGGUGAUACAAGUGAAAUAACAACUCAGAGAGAAAGCGAAAAAAAUGCAAAUCAGGAGGCAGGAGUAACUCCAGGGGAAAGUGGAGCUGGCAAUGGAGAAGAUGCUGGCCUGGAAAAUUCAGAUGGGAGUCCUAGUGGGAAUGGAGCAGAUGAAGAUGAAGACAAGGGCUCUGGUGAUGAUAAAGGUGAAGAAACAGGGGAUGGAAAAGAGGGCACUGACAACCGUAAGGGCCAAGAGGGUCAGCCUCAUGGAAAAGAUGACAAUGACAAUAGCUUAGGUCAAAAUUCAAUUAGUAGUGAAGAUGAUGGCCCUGAAGACAAAGAAGAUCUCCAUGACAUCGGUGGAGACAACACCUCCAAGAGUGAGGAGGAUUCUGAUGGUAUUCCCAAAGACAAAGAUAGCCCAAUAAUAGAGGAUGUGCAAAAGCUCAAUUACAGAGAAAACAAAGCUGUGGAAAAGAAAAUCACUGAUGAAUCAGAGCCAGCAGCUAUUGGGAAGAGCCAAGAUAAGGCAAUAGAAAUGGAAGGUCCCAGAAGUGGCAACAGAAACAAUAUUACCAAAGAAUCUGGGAAAGUCAGUGAAGAUAAAGAGAGUAAAAGACAACCUGGAAUGGCCAUGGGCAAGGGAAAUGUCAAGACACCAGGAGAGACUGACAACAUUCAAGGGUCUAGUCAGAAAUCAGAACCUGGGAAUAAGGUUGCACACAGCAAAACUGGUAGUGAAAGUAAUAGUGACGGAUAUGACAGUUAUGAGUUUGAUGACAAAUCCAUGCAAGGAGAUGAUCCCAACAGCAGUGAUGAAUCUAAUGGCAAUGAUGAUGCUGAUUCUGAAGGUGACUAUAACAGCAAUAGCCAAGGAGAUAAUGGUUAUAACUCUGAUGAAUCAAAAGACAAUGGCAAUGACAGUGACUCAAAUGGAGGAGGUGAUGAUGACAGUGAUAGCACAUCAGAUGCUAAUGACAGUGAUAGUAAUGGCAAUGGUAACAAUGGGAGUGAUGACAAUGGCAAAUCAGAGAGCAGCAAAGAUAAAUCAGACAGCAGUGACAGCAGUGACAGUAGUGACAGCAGUGACAGCAAGUCAGACAGCAGUGACAGCAGUGACAGUAGUGACAGCAGUGACAGUAGUGACAGCAAGUCAGACAGCAGUGACAGCAGUGAUAGCAGUAACAGUAGUGAUAGCAGUGACAGCAAGUCAGACAGUGACAGCAGUGACAGUAAAUCAGACAGCAGUGACAGCAGUGACAGUGACAGCAGUGACAGUAGUGACAGCAGUGAUAGUAGUAAUAGUGACAGCAGUGACAGCAGUGACAGCAGUGAUAGCAGUGACAGCAGUGACAGCAGUGACAGUAACAGUAAAUCAGACAGCAGUGACAGCAGUGACAGCAGUGACAGCAGUGAUAGCAGUGACAGCAGUGACAGCAGUGACAGUGACAGUAAAUCAGACAGCAGUGACAGCAGUGACAGUGACAGUAAAUCAGACAGCAGUGACAGUAGUGACAGCAGUGACAGUAGUGACAGCAGUGACAGCAGUAAUAGUGACAGCAGUGACAGUAGUGACAGCAGUGAUAGUGACAGUGACAGUAAAUCAGACAGCAGUGACAGUAGUGACAGCAGUGACAGUAGUGACAGCAGUGACAGCAGUAAUAGUGACAGCAGUGACAGUAGUGACAGCAGUGAUAGUGACAGUGACAGCAAAUCAGACAGUAGUGAAAGCAGUGACAACAGUAAUAGUGACAGCAACAGUAAAUCAGACAGCAGUGACAGCAGCAACAGCAAAUCAGAUAGCAGUGACAGCAGUGACAGUAGUGACAGCAGCAAUAGCAAAUCAGAUAAUGACAGUAGUGACAGCAGUGAUAGUGACAGUAAAUCAGACAGCAGUGACAGCAGCAGCAGCAAAUCAGAUAGCAGUGACAGCAGUAACAGUGACAGUGAUAGCAGCGACAGCAGCGACAGUAGCGAUAGCAGUGACAGCAGUGACAGCAGUGACAGUAGUGACAGUAGCGACAGCAGCAACAGCAGUGACAGCAGUGAUAGUGACAGCAGUGACAGCAGUGACAGUAGUGACAGUAGCGACAGCAGUGACAGUAGCAAUAGCAGUGACAGCAGCAAUAGCAGUGACAGUAGCAAUAGCAGUGACAGCAGUGACAGUAGUGACAGUGACAGCAGUGACAGCGACAGCAGCAAUAGCAGUGAUAGCAGUGAUAGUGAUAGCAGUGAUAGUGACAGCGACAGCAGCAAUAGCAGUGACAGCAGUGAUAGUGACAGCAGUGACAGUAGCAACAGUGACAGCGACAGCAGCAAUAGCAGUGAUAGCAGUGAUAGUGACAGCAGUGACAGCGACAGCAGCAAUAGCAGUGACAGCAGUGAUAGUGACAGCAGUGACAGUGACAGCGACAGCAGCAAUAGCAGUGACAGCAGUGACAGCGACAGCAGCAAUAGCAGUGACAGCAGUGAUAGUGACAGCAGUGACAGCAAUAGUGACAGCAGCGACAGUAGCGACAGUGCAUCUGACAAUGAUGAGAGUCACAGCAAGAGCAAGUCUGGUAAUGGCAAAAAUGGAAAUGACAGUGAGAGUGACAGUGAGGACAGUGACAGUAAUCACUCAACCAGUGAUGAUUAG